AAAGGCGGUGUCCAGUGCUGUGUUGUCCCCGGAAGUGCCUGCCCUCCUCCCGGGUCUGCGCGGACGCGGCCUCCUUACCUCAUUUGUCUUCGCCCCUCCCCGUUCUCUUACGCGUUUUGGUUCCCGGUUGGUGCUUCCUGUUUGCAGCCGCUGCACAUCAAGGUUACUGACUUUUGAUGAUGUUUGGUGGCUACGAGACUGUAGAAGCAUAUGAAGAUGCUCUUUAUCGAGACGAGUCAUCUAGUGAACUGAGUGUUGAUAGUGAGGUGGAAUUUCAGCUCUAUAGCCGAAUUCAUUAUGCCCAAGAUCUUGAUGAUGUCAUCAGGGAGGAAGAACAUGAAGAAAAGAACCCUGGGAAUUCGGAAUCUUCGAGUAGUAAACCAAAUCAUAAGAAGCUAAUUGUCGUUUCAGAUAGGGAAGUCAUCCAGCUGUCAGAUGGAUCAGAGGUCAUCACUUUGUCUGAUGAAGAUAGUAUUUAUAGAUGUAAAGGAAAGAAUGUUAGAGUUCAAGCACAAGAAAAUGCCUGUAGUCCUUCUGCUUCUCUUCAGUCUAAUGAGCUGGUUGAUAAGAAAUGCAAGAGUGAUAUUGAGAGGCCUAAACCUGAAGAGCGGUCAGGUAUAAUCCGAGAGGUCAUGAUUAUAGAGGUCAGUUCAAGUGAAGAGGAAGAGAGCACCAUUUCAGAAGGUGAUGAUGUGGAAAGCUGGAUGCUACUGGGCUGUGAAGUAGAUGAUAAAGAUGAUGAUAUCCUUCUCAACCUCGUGGGAUGUGAAAACACUGUUCCCGAAGGAGAAGAUGAUAUCAACUGGUUCAUCAGUGAUAAAGACAUUGAGGCCCAGAUAGCUAAUAACCGAUCACCUGGAAGAUGGACCCAGCGAUAUUAUUCAGCCAACAAAAACAUUAUCUGUAGAAACUGUGGCAAACGUGGUCAUUUAUCAAAAAACUGCCCCUUACCACCAAAAGUUCGUAGCUGCUUCCUGUGCUCUGAGAAAGGACACCUCCUAUAUGCCUGUCCAGCCCCACUUUGCGAAUACUGUCCUGUGCCUAAGAUGUUGGACCACUCAUGUAUUUUCAGACGUUCCUGGGAUAAACAGUGUGACCGAUGUCAUAUGCUAGGCCACUAUACAGACGCUUGCACAGAAAUCUGGAGGCAGUAUCACCUAACAACCAAACCUGGACCACCCAAAAAGCCGAAGACCCCUUCAAGACCAUCAGCCUUAGCAUAUUGCUAUCACUGCGCGCAGAAAGGCCAUUAUGGACACGAAUGUCCAGAAAGAGAAGUGUAUGAUCCCUCUCCAGUAUCUCCAUUCAUCUGCUACUAUGAUGACAAAUAUGAAAUUCAGGAGAGAGAAAAGAGACUAAAACAAAAAAUAAAAGUACUAAAGAAAAACAGGGAUUUCCCAGAGCCAUCCAUGCUGCCUUACACAGAAGGAGCAAAUGAGAACCUCUACCAUGAUACAAGAAAGGGUCAUGCCUCGAGGAAAAGCAACAGGUGGCCUCAAGAAAAUAAAGACACACAAAAAGAAAUGAAGAACAAGAAUAGAAACUGGGGGAAGCACAGGAGGGCUGACAGACAUCGUGAAGUGAAUGAAGAUUAUCCCAGGGGCCCCAAAACCUACUCCUCUCCUGGCAGUUUUAAAACCCAGAAGCCUUCCAGACCCUUUCACCGUUCAUCACAUUACCACACAUCAAGAGAAGACAAGUAUCCCAAGGAGGGCAAGAGGGGCAAGCAGAAAAAAAAGGAGAAGUGUUUGGAAGAUGAUGACAAUGAUAAUUUAUUUCUUAUUAAGCAGAGGAAAAAAAAGUCUUAAGCUUUGAGGCAGCCUCUGAUGUGGCUUUCCGUUGUUCAUUUGGCCUGUGUGUCUAUAACCUUUUGGCAGUGUGUUUAUUAUCUUGGAUUAAAUAAAGUGAGUUUUGGUUGUUUUUUUUUUUAAUUUCAGCCAUUCCUAGAGUUGGUGACCAUCCAUGGAGAUCUCAAUUCUCUGUGUCCAACGGGUUGUUAGGUAAGAAAGUAGAAAGAUAAACCUGGACUUCUCUUGUUCCAAUAUGUCAUCUUUACUCGGAAUCCUAGGAAUAGGAAGAAUUCAUCUUUUCAAGAAAGCUUUUUAAAAAUACAUUGGGAAAAGAAAAAACCCAUCAAAGGUAAUUCAUCCUCAACAUGAGUAUGAAAUUAAAUCCUUGCAGGAAGAGAAAUUAACACUAAGAAAAAGUCAUCAAUAUUUUUCAACUUUUUUUUUUUUUUUACAUUGGAAAGGACAGUAACUAUAAAUUCAUCAGCUUUUCUUGCUGCUGAAGCUGUUAUCAGAAUCUUCCUUUGGGCAAAAUAUCACAAGCUGACUAUAAAACAAAACUGUCAUUAUUGAAGCCCUGAAGAGGCAGGGAAUUGGGCUUCAGCAAAAUACAAGUAAAGAAUCCAUCCAGUAUAAAUGUCAAAAGGCAGAUUUCCUAAAACAAGUGAAAGAAACAUCAAAAAUUUUAACAUAAUCACAAUGAAAUCAUUUUUUACCACUUUUACAGCAGUGUUUCAAGUGGACUGUCACUCAGAUCUGUAGAGAUGAAUAUCACUCAAAAAAUGUUUUUGUUCUCUUGCAUUUUUUUAACUACAAAGCUAUACAGAAUUUUUUUUUACUUAUGGAUCUUUUGUACUUCUCAUAGCCUAAUGUCAGAGUAAGAAAAAUAAAAUAUCUGA